CUGGCAGAACCAGAUUCCUCAAGAGUAAAGUAACCAGUUUGCUCUUCUACUGUAGUACUACUUGCAAGGAGUCAGCUUUUCAUACCACAGCUCUCCGAGAUGCACCCUCCAGAUGAUUAUUUAAGAACCAGGAGGAGCAGGCAUGCAGAAACUGUUUAACAGAAAGGCACUCAAGACACAUUACUUAAGCAAAUGGUCAAAAUCAUACUUUUCAGGAUAUGCUGAAUUUCACCCUUAGAAGUAGGAUUCCAGCACCGAAGAACAAAACAAAACAAAAGACGACUGCCACCAGCACAGCAUUAUAAGGAUUACAGUGACUUCAACUCAUAAGGAAAGACAAAGUUAGCCUGCUGUUCCUUGCACGACGGAAAAAAUGAAAGACCGCCUUCAAGAACUUAAACUGCGAGCAAAAGAACUGCAGCUAGCUGAAGAGAACAGCUGUGCGCCUGGGGUGAAGGAAGACUACCAAGUAGAGUUUGAACAGCAAGCUAUUAUUUAUGAGAAAGAGCCCAUAACUGAGAGGCACCUAAAUGAAAUCCAGAGACUUCAGGACGAGAUUAGUAACUUGGCAGAGGACGUUCAAAAGUUUGGUCAGCAGCAGAAAAACCUCAUGUCCUCAAUGAGAAGGUUUAGUGUUAUUAAAAAGGAGUCCAACAUUACAAGAGAAAUAAAAAUUCAAGCAGAGCAUGUAAGUAAAUGCUUGGAUGAACUGUCAAAAACAGUGAAGAAGUCCGAAAGCGAACACGGGCCAUCUUCCGCCAUUGCAAGAAUCCUUACAUCUCAGCAUGCGUUCCUUUUCCUGCGUUUCCAAAACACCAUGCUUUCAUACAAUGAUGCUAUAACAGCCAAGCAGGAGAAAUGCAAGACAUUCAUUGUCCGCCAGCUUGACGUGGUUGGGAAAGAGGUCUCCGAGGAAGAAGUGAACGAUAUGCUUCAACAAGGAAAAUGGGAGAUUUUCAAUGAAAAUCUGCUAACUGAAGUCAAAAUCACUAAAGCUCAACUAUCAGAGAUUGAACAAAGACACAAAGAAUUGGUCAAUCUGGAGAACCAUAUCAAAGACUUGAAGGAAUUUUUUAUCCAGAUCUCGCUUCUGGUGGAGGAACAAGGAGAAAUUAUCAACAACAUUGAAAUGGGUGUAAACAAUACUCAAGAUUAUGUUCAAACAUCAAGAGAGAAGUUUAGACUUGCAGCCAGGUAUAGAAAGAGAAACCUUUGUAAAGCAAUAUGUUGCUGGUGUUGUCCACGCUGCAGAUAACAAAAAGGGAUGAUUCUCAAAUUUUGCAGGCUACCAUUUUGCCAGUAGAACUUUUGAAGCAGCUCUGUGGGUUCCAUUUAUACUUCAGUUUGUUUCUGCUUACUCUCCCCACCUCGAGAGCUCUUUCCUUUUACUUCUGUGCAUCUCACACUAAAAAAAAAAAAAAUCCUAUCUGUGCCCCUGCAAGUGGCUUUUCCUGGCAGAACUAGAGAAGUAGUACCUAGGGAUUCUCAGCAGUUUUUCUGCUUCUGCUAGGCUGUGGUACAAGUGUUACAUUGGAAACACAGAUGAAGUGGAAAGAUCACCUUUUCUGAUCCUACCAACCCAGAGUAAUCCUGCUUUACAAGAGGUUGUCCAGUAGAGCUGGUGGGUUAUCACAGUGACCAGCGUGAUAUAAAGGCAAGGUCAUAGGAGGUUCCACCAGUGGUGCUGGGAAAUAUUAACAGUAUUGCUAACACCAAACAUUCAGAAGUCAUGUGUCGGGCCCCAAAAACCCUGAGACUGGCUUAGUUAUGUUUUUUAAAAACAAAAUAAGUUUAAGGUUAUUUUUAUUUGCAUUCUGGUUUUUGAGCCUUCAGCUUGCAUCUGAGUCAUGUUUUCAGGCUUUUCUCAGCAACUAUGAGGCAAGCAAUUUUUUUUUAUUUUUUUUUUUUUUAAUUUGCAAGCUGAGAUAUCUAUUUAAUCACUUUUCUCCAGGAACUGAGGCUUUAAAUUAAAACAUCAUAUACAGCUAGAAUCGUGGUAAAAAUCACAAGUGUUGCCAACUGGAGAGGGGAACCACGCACAUUUCUCCGUUUAUAAAAUGUAUGAAUUAUAUUUCUGUCCAGAGUGAAUGUAUGUGUCUAUGAUGUGUAAUUAAUGUGUCUAUAUCUUAACUAUUUAAAUAUAAGGACUGAACCAAACAAUUCUAAAUUAGUAAGGUAACCACUGCUUUUUGAAAGUGUGAAUUAGAGAAAUAUAGAAACCUCAUUCAAUGACGGGUUAUACUGUCUAUACUUUAUUCUAUUCAAGACUUUCCCUCUCCCCAUCCCCACACAGAGAUCAUUAUCCCAUAGUUCCUAUUUAGGAAGGUGGGUAUUUAGAACAUACCAGUAAGCUUCCAACUUAAAUUAGUCAGCUUUUCAGUCUUCAGUUAGUUAAAAAUCUCAAAUUACUAGCACUUCAAGACAAGUAUUUCUUAAAUUAAAUUAACCUGUAGAGUUGCCAGUUUAGGUUGGACAUAUUCCUGGAGGUUUCAUCACAUGAUAAACUUUAAUUAAAGAUUAAUCUUUAAUUCCUGGAGACUCCGGGACAAACCUGAAGAGUUGGCAAUCCUACGCUAGAAGCAGUCAGAGCAGCAGAACUGAACUUUCAUCAAAUAUGCAAGUACAUGAAUAUUUCCAUAUAAAACUACACUGAGAAUGUUACAGUGGCAAUAAAUACAACAGCAAGACCAUGAAAAAAGCAUUCCAUGUGCUGGGAUACCAAAAUACAGCACUGUGGACUCAAAAAAAAAAAAAAAAAAAAAAAGUAUAUUCCCUGAUGUAGCCAAAGUGACAUGAAUUAAUUCUCCUUUUUAAACCUCAGAAUCUAUAUCCCAAGAUUUUCAACUUCUUACAAAUUAAUUUUUAAAAAAGUCUGAAUUUGCCUUUUAAAACUAGGUUUACGAUUGAACAAUCGGACAUUACCUCUUCAUCCACUGCAAACCUGCAAUGGAGUCCAGCCCAGAGAUGGUUGCAAAGAUUAGAUUGGAGCCCAGUGCAGAGGCCCCAAGGCAGCUUUUCUCUUUUGUAUCAGUUCCCCUCAAGACAGAUUGGUGGUUGGAUACCCUCCAGGCCCCACUUGCACCAGGCCUCAGCCAUGUUCCUCUCAUCCUUUUAUCUGUUCUCUUUACUUCCCCUUACCUUGUUUCUUCUUUUAAGCAUAUUUGCCUUUCAAUUUUUAAUUUUGUUUUGCUCUUUGUGGUGUUUUUGUUCCCCCCUCCCAUCCUGCCUAAAGAGCUAUGUGCUGUGGUGCUUGAGUCCCUGGGGGCCACAAGCAGCUAAGAUGAGAAGCAAAGCUUGAGCUAGCUGAGCCUGCAGCCUUAGACAUUUAAGCUGCUCCCAAGGACAGCUGCAUUAGGAAGGCAGGAAGCGAAGAAAAAUUACUUUUGAGAGGCAGCCCAUUGCUUUCCCUGCAGCAGAAGUAUUUCCGCAGUGGGAAGAAGUAGGUGGAUCUAGAGUGCUUCAUACCAUCUACAUCCCCACUGCUGUCUCCCUCCUCUGCUCAAGGUCCCAUUUGGAAUAGCAUUGCACCCUCCAGCUUUCAAAAUGCUGGCCUGCUGCGAUUCUAACUGAGAAUGCCGACAGAACGGAGAUAAAUUAGUUCAGGAAAAACCUGGAAACAUUUCCAAACCUCCAUGGGGCAUGCUGAAUCCAAGCAAAUCUAGACACAUUCAGAGUGGUCAGAUCAAAGCCUACUGAAAUUCUGAGAAACUGGAUUUGCUAGUUUUCUCUGAUAAUUAUGCUAGAAUCCCAUGCAGUCACUACUGGUGCUAAUAAACCCACACAGAGAACUACUAAACUAAUUCUAAAAGCUUACAUUGAGCUUAGAAAUAUAAUGGAGCAACUCCCCACUCCAAAUUUCAAUUAUAAUCCAAACUAACCUGUGCUAAAGCAUUAUCAGAACCUUGGAUUCCAAAGUAAUUCUUAACAGAAAGAUUCUUUGAAUUCCUCCUUUUGACACUAAUGCACAAUCCGUCGAGAUUUCAUGUAAAGGCUGUGAUUAUAGCAAGCAACUUCUAUAAAAUACAGACCUACAUUUUAAAAGCAAACAGCUAUUUGGGGUGCUCAAUUUGACACACCUGAGUGGGGCCUAACUUCCAGAAGGUCUUUCUGAAAAUCAGGCCUCUUUAAACAAGUCUCAAGUUCAACAACUGCAAACUGGGACAUCCAAAAACAUCAGUGAAAACACAGUCUAAGUGGGCUAAGAGCUCUCUCUCUCUCUAUAUAUAUAUAUACACACACACACACACACACGUGGUGCAUCAGCGUUAAGGGAAUAUUUAUCAAGCUGAGUUUCAGGCACAACAAGCACAAGAACUUUUUUUUCCCCUUCCAAAAGCUUUCUACUAAAGCAGAACCUUCUAUGGUGGUGGUUUUCAAACUGUGGAUCGCAACCCAGUACUGGGUCGCGGAAUGGAAGGCACUGAGUCGUGGCGGUUCUGGUCAGCAGCAACAACCAGGCCGUUAGAAGUCCCAUCAGGAGUGCUGCCCAUCUAAGACAGGCUAGUCCCUACCUGUUCCGACACCCCGCUGCACCCCGGCAGUGGCCAGCAGCAGGUUCAGCUCCUAGGCGGGGGAGCCAAGGGGCUCCACGCACUGCCUCUGCCCUGAGCACGGCAGGCGAGAGCCACGCGGAGCUGCUUGUGCGCCUCCACCUAGGAACCGAACCUUCUGCUGGCCGCUUCCAGGGCGCAGCGUGGUCUGCGGUGCCAGGACAGGCAGGAAGUCUGCCUCUGCAUCCCGGCUGUGCCACUGACCAGGAGCCGCCGGAAGUAAGCCUGCGCUUCAACCCCACACCCCAAUCCCCUGCCCUGAACCCCCUCAAACCAAGAGCCCCCUCGUGCACCCCAAACCACUCAGCCCCAGCCCCACCCGAGUCUGCAUCCCCAGCCUAGAGCCCUGACUCCCUCCUGCACCCCAACGCCAUGCCCCAGCCCAGAGCCCUCUCCCAAACUCCUCAUCCCGAGCUCCGUUGGGUCACAGGCAUCAAUAAUUUUCUUCAACUGGUUCAUCAGAAAAAAAGUUUGAAAACCACUGUUCUAUGGUAUAUUGUGUACACCCUAUAUAGCCACUUUGGCUUCGGAAGAGUUAAGUGGGAACAAGCCAGCAGACAGACAGACAGACAGAGAGAGCGCGAGCGCGCACUGCCAUGGCUAAUAUGCUACUAACAUGCACCAUUCCCUGUGGCUUUUUUUCUGUACCUGAAUGGGAGGGAAACUAUGACGAAAGUUCAAGAAACCCUGCCUAAAAUAUUAUUCUAAUGAAAUGCACAUUUUAACAAACACCACCUGUUUCCACAAAAUCCCAUGUUUUAUAGAUGUACAUAUUGCAUUCUUAUCUGUGAAAGAAAUGUGUUACCAGUCCAGCUCUUCCUGCUAACACUUAGGGAUGUUUAAUAAAACACCGUUUACUUCAAAGGAAAAAACGCUUCUAUUUUUUAAUAUGGAAUAAAGCCCAGGUUUUCAACAAUAGUUAUGAAAAUAAUUUUCCAUCUAGGAGGAAGUAAAUAGUGAAAGAAUUUUGUUUCUGCUGUCCUUAUUAGAACACAACAAGACAGACAAAUAUAUAAUAUAUUGCCAAGGUUUUGAGAGGAAAGAAAAAAAACAAGCACAGGGCUCAAAAUGUGUAGAGAUCCCUGGUCAUAUUUUGUCAAGCAAAGGCUGCUAUUAAUUGAUGAAAGUAGAACGUAUAUAGACAUUGUGAGACUUUGAUGUGGAUUGUUUAUGUUGGUUAGCCAAGGUGCUUGAAGUAUAUGUGCGCAACUAAUACAAACACAAGAUCUUGUUAGGGCAGUUUACUAGAACAUA